AAUAAAACAAAUAUGGUGGUUUAAAUAAUACAAAACAAGAAUCGACAAGCCUUCUAGUUGAUAUACUUCUUUUCGAUCAAAUUAUACAUUUAAAUACAAAAUGAGCGGUGGUGCUUGGUAUUAUUAUGCGCCGGCAAAAAAAUUGAAUAAGGAGCCACAACCGGCCCCUCCACCUUCCCAAAUUCCCGGUUUAAACGGAGAAUUAAAUGGAGAAGAGGAUAAAAAGCCACAAAUGAUGAUUAAAGAUACAGAUAGUAAAUAUAUACAGUUGGCAAAGCAAGGUGGCAGACAAAAUUUGUUAAUGAUUGAAGAAAAAGAUACAAGAUCAAAGGAUCCAGUACCCUAUCCAAGAGUAGACUGGUUUUACCAAGAUGAUAUUCUAAUGGAAGAGGAAGAAACUAAGAAGGCUGAAGAAAAAGCACAUUAUGAGCCAAUGUUACCAGAGUAUAUGGUUCAUGAGGAGUUUACUCAAGAAGGGAUUGAUGAAUAUGCACCUCCUCGACUUCCUUAUGGAUAUGACAGAUCAACAGUAUAUGAAAGAGAAGGUCAACAUGUGACCGAUAAGACCGUUAAGAUACCAGAGGCCAAGAAGGCAGGAAUUUCUCAGCGGCUUUCAAAAUCGGUCAAACAACCACAACCAAUUGUAAACCAAAGAUACGGAAAAGCUAAACAAAGAACAGACCCAAAGUCUAAACACGAAGUCAUGAAACUACCAGAUAAUAAAGACAGGGAUUGUAUGAGUAAAAUUCUUUCAUAUGGCUAUCAACAUGAAUGGUUGGAACAGCGUUCGAACUAUUUUGACAAGAAGAAAGACCAUCAACAAACAGAGAAUUUUUCGAAGGGUAACGAACGCAGGCAAAUGGAAGAAGAUAAGGAAAGAGAGUUAUUUAAGUUAAGUAAAUUUAAGAAUGUCUCUUCUAAAGUUUCCCAUAAACGAGAUGGAGCUAAGCUUCCACCCCUAGAAAGACCAAAUUCCAACAAACAGAGAGAUGCUCUAAGAUUGGGAAGAACUGAUGAUUGUAUCGCUGUUUCCGGUAACUGA